ACGUUUACAUAUAUCUAAUAUGAUUAUACUAAUUUUUAUUGUUGCAUUUGCAUUGUAAUAAAAGUGAUUAAUGGCCAACUAAAGGACUUUAGAAUGUUGUUUAUUAUAUUUAUUUAUCCAUGACGGUUAAAUUGGUUCCAAAGAGAUUGUAGUGCCGAAAGAGUAAAUGUGUUAUCUACGUGAGAUAAAUUGGUCACAGAGAUAAGAAAAAAAAACAAAAACCAACGAACGCUUCCCCGCAGUAAGGCAUUUGGCUGGCUUAUCAUAAAAAAACGUUAUCAUAAUUUUAAAUUGUUACCCAUAACCACAGCAACAAAAAUCUCUUAGCGACCAUCACCUGAACCUAAACUAAGUUUAUUUUAUGAAAAUUUUCAAUGGUAAUUGUGUAAUUUUUGUUCAAAUUUAAUAGUUAUUUUUUUGAUUGUUUUGACUAGUUAAUACUUUAUACAGUUUUUGAUUGACAUUUUACAAAUUAAAACGUACGCGUAAAUAUGUAUUGCAUAACAAUAAUUAAAACGGUCGAAUAAAAUCAUCUGAUACCUUUCAACUUAGCCAGAAGUAAUAAAAAUGUCUGAAGGAAGAUUUCCAUCUAAUCAUCGUUUACCUCCAGUGGCCUCAACACCGCAAAGAAAUCAAUUGGCAACUGCUGAAACACCUUCUGUUCCUCAUUUACUUACAUUUCACCCUCCUGAAAAUUAUCAUCAGCUAUCUUUAGGAUUUGCUAAACAAGAUAUGGCUACUUACAGAAAAACAUCAUAUGCUUCAUUGCACAAUGUUGAUGGAUUACAGAUGCACAAACCUCAACAUACUCCUGUAAUCGAUAGAUGGAUGGAUUCAAGAAAUAAUAUGCCACCAUCAUCUAGACCUGGUUUGACAUCACCUAGUUCAGCUUAUUCUGUGAAUGUAUCGUCUAGUUUCUUAUUAUCUAGAACUGUUGAAUUUGAUCCUACUAAACAUAAAAAAGAAUCUGAACAAAUAUCUAUAGAUUUGAUUGCAAAUAAUAAAAAAUAUGAAAGUUUUCCUUAUAAACGAGAAAAAGAUCAAGUAAAUAAUCAAAUAAAUUCAACUAAAAUAGGAACUAUUGAGGCUAUGAGUGUUAUAGCACCGAAUCCUGAUAAAUUUAUUAACUCUGAAGUCAGAUGUGAUGUCCCAGAUAGUAUAAGUAUUCAAAAUGUAAAAAGUGUUAAUACUGAAGAUUAUGAAAACAAAUUUAGUAAACAAAAUAAUAGCAUUGCAUGUGAUGAACAAAUGUUAGAAGCCAAAGUUCUAACAAAUGAGUCUGAGAAACAAUCUGUUAUUAAAAUUAUGAAACCAAUAAAAUCACCAUCACCAUCAAUGAUGAGGGCGGAAUUUGUAGAAAAAAUACUUAAAUCACCAUCUCCUAUACCAGGGAUAGAACAUGAUAAAUCUGAGGACUUUAUACCAUCAGAAAAUUUUUCAAAACAAAAACAUGAUACACAUUCUCAAUUUCUUAAAGAAGAAAACAAAUUAGAAGAAUUAUUAGGUGGAAUCAUUACACCAACUACUAUAUCUGAUCAACAAAUAAUGACUGAAAAUAAAUCUAAAUCAAUCAUUCCUGCAAAAAGGCCCUAUAAUAAAAAUAAAAAACAAUCAAAAAAAAUUAAAAAAAAUUUACCUGUAGCUGUAAAAUUGAAAAAACAAAAACAUGAUACACAUUCUCAAUUUCUUAAAGAAGAAAACAAAUUAGAAGAAUUAUUAGGUGGAAUCAUUACACCAACUACUAUAUCUGAUCAACAAAUAAUGACUGAAAAUAAAUCAAAAUCAAUCAUUUCUGCAAAAAGGCGCUAUAAUAAAAAUAAAAAACAAUUUAAAAAAGUUAAAAAAAAUUUACCUGUAGCUGAAAAAUUGAAAACAGUUGUUGAACCACCUACUAAGAAAUAUAAAGGUCCAUUGGUAAGAAUCAAUGGGGGUAACAUAGAAAAUCCAACAAAUUUUGUAAUAAUUAAUCGAAAUGCUCAAGAUGAUAAGGAUUCAUUAGAUGGUCGAAAUAUUAAUCGAAAUACUUUCACAUAUAAAUUUGGCGAUUGCAAUGGUGAAGAAAAACCUGAUGUGAACAAUUUAGAAAGCGGUGAUUGGAAAUGUGUAUACUGUUCACAAGGACCUAAUGUAAGAAACAUUGUCCAAGAUCCUUCCGGAGAUCUUUUUGGUCCUUAUUAUGUCAGGAAACCAAAGAAAACUAUGCAUAAUUUAAAUGAUAAUGAUACCUCAAAAACAUAUAUUGAGGUAUGGACUCAUGAAAAUUGUUUAGUUUGGGCAUCUGGUGUUUAUAUGGUUGGAGAUAAGAUUAUUGGGUUGGAAGAUAGUGUGAGAGAUGCAACAAAUACUAUUUGUAGUUAUUGCGGUGUUAAUGGUGCUAGUAUUGGAUGUACAGCACGUCACUGCAAAAUGUGUGCACAUUAUAAUUGUGCUAUACAUUUUGGUUGGUUUCUAAAUAGUCAGAAUCACAUGACUACAUGUAAUAAACAUAAGAAUUCUCCCCUGGGAAGAAGUUGUCAUUAAUGGAGCUUUUUUACUUUAUGUAUUAUUUUUAUUCAAAAAAUAGGCUUUUGAAGUUUUUUUUUUUAUUCUCUAUUGUAUUAUGGUUAGAAAAU